CUUAAUGUACGUGAAUGAAAAACGGAUGUUCUCGACAAUUUUGCGAGUGUUAAGAAAGAAAUUAUUUAUACAAUUAAUAUAAACAAAGUGAAAAACACUUUAUGUGUUUUGCAAAACGAUAUUAAAAGAGUAUUUUAAAUAAAGAAAACAAUAAUAGAAUUUAAAAAUGUAUUUUACAACAAAAACCUACAAAAUUAUUACAAUUUCAUUAAAUACAAUAUGUGGGAUUCUUGGAAUAUUGCUGACAUGGUAUGGAAUAUGGCUAUAUCAAAGUAAUGAUAACUCUACAUUUGACCAUGGUGAAAAAUUGGGUGGAAUACUAAUCAUUACAUUAGGAGUGGUUGUCCUUUGUGUAUCCAUAUAUGGGAUUGUGGUCGCUAUAAUGGAAUGUAAGAAAAUGCUAAUAUAUUUUGCAGUUUUAUUGGUUGUUUUAAUUGUCAUUCAAUUCAUAAUGGUCAGCAUAACCCACAGUGCUAUCAAUACAACAGUAUCAAAAAGACUUAAAGAAGGUUUCGAUGAAUUAUGGGAUACAAAAUAUCAAAAUCCCAAUGCAACACUGUCUAUAUAUGAAGAGUGGUUGAAAUGUUGUGGCAAAAAUAGUGCAGAGGACUAUUUUCUCUUAGAUAAAGUGCCUCCAUCUAGCUGCUGUGAAGAUCACAAUUGCACAAUUAUUUACAAUUUAUACACUGUUGGAUGUGAGGAAAAAUUUUAUAAUUAUGUUAGAGCCAAAACAAAUUAUUUCAAUAUUCUUAGCUGGUUGUUAAUUACGGUGGAGUUUAUCGGAUCUAUUUUUGCCUGCGUUUUAGUUGACAGCAUACGAAAUCACAGAGAUCGCCAAAGGUUUUAUAGUUAAAUUAAUAUAAAUUAAGUAUAUAGGGUCAUAUUUUAAAUAAUUUAACAAGGGUUUAGGGAAUAAAUUUUGUAUGAAAAUUUAUUCUAUAAAUCUUUGAAUAAUGUCCAUAAUGUUUUUAUUUUAAAUAAGUAUUGUAUAUAUCAAAUAACUAAUAGAUAUCAUAAUUUUUAAUUAUAAAUUAUUUAUACUUAUU